UGGCGACCCAUUGGAGUUCCGGUUCCGGUUGCUGCGGCUGCGGGCGGGCGGUGAGUCUGGAGCAGGCGCGCAGUUGGUGCUCCGGCUCUGUGCUUUCCCCUUCGGCGUGACUAGGGCUUGCUGAUGCUCGCGGGGGCUGCGCUGCCCCUGACUCCCCUCCGGGCGAUGGUGCGGCCUCAGGACGCCUCCAUCCCCCGCCGACGCUGACUCAGGUCCCCAAUCCAUGGCCGCCUCGGCGCCGCCCCCACCGGACAAGCUGGAGGGAGGCAGCGGCCCCGCACCGCCCCCCGCACCGCCCAGCACCGGGAGGAAGCAGGGCAAGGCUGGUCUGCAAAUGAAGAGCCCUGAAAAGAAACGAAGAAAGUCCAAUACUCAGGGUCCUGCAUACUCACAUCUGACGGAGUUUGCCCCACCUCCGACCCCCAUGGUGGAUCAUCUGGUCGCUUCUAACCCAUUUGAGGAUGACUUUGGGGCCCCUAAGGUCGGGGGCGCAGGCCCUCCAUUCCUCGGCAGUCCUGUGCCCUUUGGAGGCUUUCGCGUACAAGGGGGCAUGGCGGGCCAGGUACCCCCAGGCUAUGGCACUGGAGGAGGAGGGGGUCCCCAGCCACUUCGUCGCCAGCCUCCUCCCUUUCCUCCCAACCCUAUGGGCCCAGCUUUUAACAUGCCUCCUCAGGGCCCUGGCUAUCCGCCCCCAGGCAACAUGAACUUUCCCAGUCAACCCUUCAACCAGUCUCUGGGACAAAACUUUAGCCCACCUGGUGGGCAGAUGAUGCCAGGUCCAGUGGGGGGAUUUGGUCCCAUGAUCUCACCCACCAUGGGGCAGCCUCCUAGAGGGGAGCUGGGUCCUCCUCCUCUCCCCCAGCGCUUUACCCAACCAGGAGCACCUUUUGGUCCUUCUCUUCAGAGACCUGGUCAGGGACUGCCCAGCCUGCCUCCCAACACAAGUCCCUUCCCUGGUCCAGACCCUGGAUUUCCUGGCCCUGGUGGUGAGGAUGGCGGGAAGCCCUUGAACCCUCCUGCCCCCACUGCUUUUCCCCAGGAACCCCACUCGGGCUCCCCCGCUGCUGCUGUUAAUGGGAAUCAGCCCAGUUUCCCCCCUAGCAGCAGCGGUCGAGGUGGGGGCACUCCAGAUGCCAACAGUCUGGCACCCCCCAGCAAGGCAGGCGGAGGCUCAGGGCCCCAGCCUCCCCCAGGCCUGGUGUACCCUUGCGGUGCCUGUCGGAGUGAAGUCAACGAUGACCAGGACGCCAUCUUGUGUGAGGCCUCCUGCCAGAAGUGGUUUCACCGCGAAUGCACCGGCAUGACCGAGAGCGCCUACGGCCUGCUGACCACCGAGGCCUCUGCCGUCUGGGCCUGUGAUCUCUGCCUCAAGACCAAGGAGAUCCAGUCUGUCUACAUCCGAGAGGGCAUGGGCCAGUUGGUGGCUGCUAACGAUGGGUGACUCUAGUGCCACGGCCUGAGGAAGUGCACCUUUUCCAACGCGCUCCUGCAGAGCGGCUCUUGCUCCAUGUCUUCCACUGGUGUCCCCUCCCUGUGGAGCGGAAACAUGGUUCCUGGAAGCAGAAAAGGAACUGAGGCGGGCAGGCGCAGAAGCCUGGGUUGCUUUCGUUCUUGUUGUUGUCGUCAUUUUUGUUUGUUUUUUCUGGGAACUUGUGCACUGAGUACCUUCAGAGAUCCAGGAAACUAAAGCCGUGCUGAGCAGAGCCAUUCGUAGAGUCGAACUGGAGGCUGCAAGAGAAAGGGGCCUGGAGGGAGUUUCAGAGGGCAAGGUGUCCUGUGUGCAGAUGACAGGUGACCCCAACACUCGUGCCUACAAUACCUGUGUAGCCCCACAGCUGCUACCGGAGCUCUUGGGGUCACAUGCUCAAGGUUUCUUCGCUCCCUGAGAUUAGAACCCCAUUCCUCGGGUUCUGGAAAAAAAUGGGGAUUUCUCUCUCUUUCUCUGUGUCCCUUCGUCCUUUUUUCCCCCUGGACCUGACUUACUCCAUUCUCCUUGGGGCACCAAAUACCUUGAGGAAACAGAGUUCCUAAGUAGGGCAGCUGUCUGUCCGGGGCUUCAAGACUGUAGGUAAGAGAUGCUGAGAAGACAUCUUCCUCAUACCAAAGUCACUGAUCCUCUCUCAGCUUCUCUUGUAAUUUUUCUCUCAGUGACCAUGUUUUGCCAAAAAUUGGGAUAUGUGGUCUGAGUGACCAGAGUGUUUGAAGUUGGGGCUCCCCUGGAAGUCUGGACUGCAUACCCCCUUCCCUGCCUGUCUGGGGAACGGUGGGACAGUGCUAUUCUUCAGCUCCUGGUGCUCUCGCAUCCUGUCUCCGGGAGACAUUUGGGAAGGCACGACGCCCUUAUACCUCAUUCCUCCCUGAUGAGAGGAUCCAAGGGAGGCCCUGCUGUGGCUUUGGGGACAUGGGGCAGGGCAGCAGAACUCUCGAAGCCAUGGUACUGUGAGCUGAAAGAAGCUGGCUCUCUGUGAACCCUUUUUGUCCUGCGAUGUCAUCGUGGGCUGGUGAUCCAGCAGCUGGGCUUGGUUUAUUUUUGUUUCUGUAGCCAGUGAUGGGGUUGGGGCUUGAUCAGGAGCCUCUCUUUCCAGCUAGCCCAAAUGUCCAUUCCUCAAACGGCUGGCGAAGACAGGCUUGGGUGUGACCCUGCGGAGAGUUGGAGGUGCCCAGCUUGGCCAUGAAGGCUGCCUUCUGAGAUUUCACGCAGAGCUGGCAGCCUUUGAAGCUGAGGAGGGGGGGUGGACCCGCUU